AUGGACAGGAUCCUGAACCCACAUAUACAGCUGCAGAUUAUGGGGAUCAAGAUACAGAAAUCCCACAUCCCUCUCACUUACCUCUUUUCAGGGACCCGCCAGAAACCCACCAUCUGGGCUGAGCCAGGCUCUGUGAUCACCUCAGGGAAUCCUGUGACAAUCUUGUGUGAGGGAACUAUCGAAACACAAAUAUAUUUCCUCUAUAAAGAAGGAAGCCAAGCACCCUGGGGCAGAUUAACUGCACCAGUGCCUGAUCACAAGGCCAAGUUUUCCAUCCCAUACAUGACAGAGUAUAAUGCAGGACUAUAUCACUGUUACUGUUACAAUUCUCCUGGGUGGACACAGCACAGUGACGCCCUGGAGCUGGUGGUGACAGGUGUCUACAACAAACCCACCCUGUCUGCACGGCCAAACCCUGUUGUAACCUUAGGAGGAUCUGUGACCCUCUCAUGUACCUCAAAUCAGAGAUAUUAUGGUUUUGUUUUAAUUAAGGAUGAGCAGUUCUACAGCUCCAUGGAUUCACAAUAUGUAUAUUAUGGGCUAUCUUCAGCCAGAUUCCAAGUGGGUCCCAUCACUCUCAGUGAAAGAUGGAGUUUCAGAUGCUAUGGUUAUCAUGCAAGCAAGCCUCAAGUGUGGUCAGAAGGGAGUGACAACCUGGAGAUUCUAGUCUCAGGGACCCUCCAGAAACCCACCAUCUGGGCUGAGCCAGGCUCUGUGAUCACCUCAGGGAAUCCUGUGACAAUCUUGUGUGAGGGAACUAUUGAAACAGAAAUAUAUUUCCUCUAUAAAGAAGGAAGCCAGGCACCCUGGGGCAGAUUAACUGCACCAGUGCCUGAUCACAAGGCCAAGUUUUCCAUCCCAUACAUGACAGAGUAUAAUGCAGGACUAUAUCACUGUUACUGUUACAAUUCUCCUGGGUGGACACAGCCCAGUGACUCCCUGGAGCUGGUGGUGACAGUAACUGAUGAGAACAUCACUGUAUCACAAAACAUGUCCAAAUCAAAGACAGAUUUCACUAUUCAGUUAAUGGCAAAGCAAAAGCCCUUUGUGAGAGACUCACAGGACAUCAAGCAGACAUGGUGA